CACCUCUGUGUUAUUAUCCAACACAGGCUGCUUGAGAACAGAACACACACACACACACACACACACACACACACAGACACCUGCCUCGCGCUAGAUUAUUAAUUCAUCACAGCCUCUUUAAAGAGUCUCUGGGAUUUCACUGUCCAACAUUCAACAGCGCUGCCAUGCCGUCUCUGCGACACUCGUACACAGUGACAGCACCGGAGGAACCGGCCGCCUUCCCCGGCGCAGACAAGCCCGACCUGCGGCGGAAGAGUCCGUCAUUGUCCCGGUCCAAGCUGGUGUCCACGUUCAUGGGUCUGAUCAUCAACCAGGCCAAGAACAAGAGUCCUCAAGGUCUGGUGGGACUGAGGAACCUGGGCAACACAUGUUUCAUGAACUCCAUCCUUCAAUGUCUGAGCAACACGCCCGAGCUGAGAGAUUAUUGCCUGAGAAACAUCCAUCGCAUUGACCUCAACAACAACAACAACAACUGCACGACCAACGCUGCUCUCAUGGAAGAGUUUGCAAAGCUGACUCAGAGUCUGUGGACGUCAGUGAACAACGAGGCCAUCAGUCCCUCUGAUUUCAGGAGUCAGAUCCAGAGAUACGCUCCCAAAUUUGUGGGCUGCAAUCAGCAGGACGCCCAGGAGUUUCUGCGUUUCUUAUUGGACGGUCUCCAUAAUGAGGUGAACAGAGUGACCGUCCGCCCUCAUGUGUUCCCCGAGGACUUUGACCACCUCUCAGACGAUGAGAAAGCCAAGCGGAUGUGGAACUUGUACUUGGAAAGAGAGGACAGCAAAGUCGUGGAUCUGUUUGUUGGACAGCUGAAGAGCUCUGUGACCUGCACCGCCUGUGGCUUCCGCUCCACGGUGUUUGAUCCAUUCUGGGACUUAUCCAUACCUGUUGCACAGAAGAGCUCAGAAGUGACUCUCAAAGACUGCUUGAGGCUCUUUACAAAAGAAGACGUGUUGGACGGAGAGGAGAGACCGACGUGCAACAGAUGCAAAACCAGAAGGAAAUGCACCAAAAGAUUCAGCGUUCAGAAGUUCCCGCAGAUCCUCGUGCUUCACCUGAAGCGUUUCUCAGACUCCAACAUCCGAACCAGCAAACUCUCCACUUAUGUCAACUUCCCUCUCAAAGAGCUGGACCUGCGGGAGUUCGCCUCAGAGAGCAGCGAGCGAGCUGUGUAUAACCUGUACGCUGUUUCCAACCACUCGGGGAACGCUUUGGGGGGCCAUUACACGGCGUACUGCAAGAACCCGGCGCUGGGGGAGUGGUACAGCUACAACGACUGCAGGGUGAGUCCCGUGUCCUCUAGCCAGGUUCGCAGCAGCAACGCCUACGUCCUCUUCUACGAGCUGGCGCCCCCCCCACACAGCAAAUAUCAGACAUGUCGACUUUAGAAGCGGAGGAGGAGCUGCAAUAAAAAUGGGCCUAAAAAGAAGGAGUGAGACGCACUGCCUGCUGGGAGAGAGCUCCGCCUAGUGGAGAGAGUCCCGCCAUUACAGACUGUGAAUAUGGAGCACAAAGACGCCAUGCUGACAGAGAAAACGCCCUCUGACCUUCCUCUCAGUGUGUUUUCGAGGGAUGUGGCGGCACAUUCGAACUGCAGGAUGUCAGGAUGAGCUCGUAAUUUGGAUGGAAGUGAAGUGACACUGGGAAAAUAUUACUUAUGAUGUAGACAUUCAGCUCAAGGCUCCAAAAAAAAGCAGAUUUUACAGCUGAGCUUGGACCUGAAUCUACACACACUCGAGUGUAUUGUUUUGGACAUUAUUAUGUGACGACAUUACAGAGAGAACUGCGAGAUGUAAUUUAUUCUAUUUAACAUAAUGGCAGUAAAUGAAAGUGCAUCCUGUAAAUGUCUUUGAACAAAGCCUUGUGGUUACGGAGGAUGUUUGAUGUCAGAGCACAUAUUAUUUUUGUACAGUAUUUAUGGACGGCACAGUGAAUGUAACUGUGGGGAAAGCCAAACAUACCAAAGCAGCUGUAUAAUAAAAAUGCAUCUUUAUCUUCUUCCAGCAAUAAUGUCGCUGACUUUAGAUCCAAGUCAGUUCGUCAGUUAGAGUCUAUGAAUGAUUAAAAGUCUAUGUUAACUUACA